AUGAGUAGUGUACAAUGUACUGAUCAAAAAAGCAGCGGUAGCGAUAGUAGCAGUACUGGAGAGGAAGAAAGACUCAGACAAUUAUUUCUAAGCUGUGAUUCUAAUAAUGAUGGAUGCUUAAAUUGUGAAGACUUGUACGAUAUGUGUAAAAAACUAAACAUGGCAGAAUGCGCGGAUGAAAUUAUAAACACGCUUGGGGCUAAUACUAAAGGGAGCAUAACAUUUGAUGAAUUUCUUAGCUGUCGAGAGAAAGUUUUUCAAAUGCAAACUGAAGCGGAUAAUAUACAUUUCACUAAACCUGAUUUAACACAUCAUCAAAAUUAUAAACAGUUAGGAUAUAAUUGGUCUGGUAAAUCACAUGCAAGUAUUCCAAAUAAUGGGCAAGAAAUGAAUGAAAACUCUAUUCGUAAAACAAACGAAAAUAUCAAUCUCGGAAGUUCUGCAAGCGAAACCAGCCUUGUUAACUCAG